GUUAAUAGUUUCGUUACCUUCUGGUCGCCCUUAUGACUUGAUUGGAGUCAAGAUUCUUUAAAUGGAUUGCAUAACUAGUUUCGUUACCUUCUGCUAACACUAACACUCAUCCUUACGGGACGUUGUAGAAUACAUAAAUAGAAGAUGCAACCUGGUUGGGAGCCAAGAGCCCUGUGGUCUGGGCGCUCUACCUGUGCCAAGGAGUCAGUGCCAUUUCGAUUCUCAUACCCACACCACUCUUGUUCUGCCGUAUGCCGCCUUCCCCUGCUCACUGCCGUUGAAAAAGCAGCAGCGCGUUUUUUUUUAAAUGUCCUUCCAAAACAAACACGUUUAGAAUGGAAGCUGGAGUUUCUCGAGUGGAAUUUGUAAAUUUGGUUCAGAAUUGACUCCCACUGCAGUGAUAGUGAUGAUCUGAUUAAAGAGAUGUUUCUGGACAUUUGGAAAAUCUUGCUUAUUUUGCAACUGAAAUAUUUUGGUUUUUGUAUCUCUGUACACUGAGGAUGAAUUAUUAAUAAAAAAAGAGUGCUAAGCAAUUACAACUUGACGUGUGCAUUGAUCUACAGUAGCAUUGCACUAACUCAAAACCCUGUGUAGUUGAAUUCCUUAAUUCCCGAGGAUGUUACCACUGCGUACUGCCAUCAAGAUUAGCCUCCCAAAUGACCUUCAGCUCUCUGGACCUGGAGGUGACAUGGCUGGAGAACUGGCCAAAGCUCUUGUUUCCUGUGACGUGGAAGUCGUGAAAACUUGCCUAGACUUGGGCAUUGACCCUGACCUGCCACUUCCGGGUGGACACACGCCAAUAACAUAUCUGAUAUCGUCAUCUGUGUCUGAACGUUGGGUGGAUAUUGUGAAGGUUCUGUUACAGUAUGGGGCCUCUCCACACGCUAGGAAUCAACGUGGUACUCCAAUACUGUCCCUGUUGACAGCAUCCGGCAACGUAGAUCUCGUUACCCUAGCCCUGGACAAGGGUGCGGAUAUCCACGCUCGUGGAGCUCUGGGCGAGACCCCACUGCUUACUGCCGUCCAUUACAAGCAGAUCGAAUGCUUGCAAGUACUCCUGAGGAGAGGGGCUGAUCCGAAUACUUCUGCUAAUGAUGGAAAUAGUGCGUUAAUGUGGGCCGCCGGUCGUAGCAACGGCAUUGGUAUGCAGAGGUCUCUCUCUUGUGUCACUUUACUUUUACAGUACGGGGCCUCUCCUACUUUUCGAAACACGAGAGGCUUUACACCUUUGAUGGCCGCUUCUGUUGUAAGAGAAGCAGAAACUGUCAAGAGGCUGCUGGAUGCUGGUGCUGAUCCAAAUGCAAAAGAUGAACGUGGUGAAACGGCUCUAAUCAAAGCUGUUGAUGGUGAUGCUGAAAAAGUCGUUUGCAUACUUUUGAACCAUGACGCUGAUGUCAAUGUGCAAAGUUAUUCUGGUAAUUCAGCACUCAUGAGUGCUGUAUCAAUAGAAAUCACUUCACGGUUACUGCAACAUAAUGCUGAUCCGACUCUGGUUGCCAGUGAUGGUAACACUGCCCUCCACUAUCAAGCAAUGGCUGAUAGAGUUGAGUUAGCAUUAGCAUUACUGGAGUAUGGGGCUACAAUAGAUGCCAGAAAUGGAUGCGGAAAUACCCCUCUGCAAGUUGCAGUAACAAGUAGAAGCCACUCUGUCACAGAACUGCUAUUAGACAGUGGGGCAGAUGCAUCAUCAGUUAAUGACAGGGGUGUUUCUCUUUUGCAGCAAGCAAUUUUGCCUUGGGACUAUUACAGAACUCACGACAUAUUCUCCGUUCUCAACACCAACAUCUUGAUAGCCGAGCUUUUGUACUACGUCCGAAGCGGUGGAGGAUUUGACAGGUCUUACAGAAUAUGCGAGAAGCUGAUAGGAGCCGGUGCGAAUGUGAACCUCCCUGGAGAAGGAGGAGUCACUGCUCUGAUGCUGGCUGCUGCUUGUGGUCACGAUCAGCUCGUUCGCUUGUUCUUGAGUUCAGGUGCUGAGCCAUCUGCCUCCGAUAACAAAGGAAGAAAUUCCUUAGCUUAUGCUUGCAAAUGGGGCCAUGAGGACAUUGUCAAAACUUUAGUCAAUUACAACUGCCCUGUUAACAACCUGGAUGCUAAUGAUAACCUGCCCAUCUAUUAUGCUGCCCAGUAUUCGCAUGCCAACAUAACUAUAGAGCUUAUGGUGCAGUUUGCGUUCUACAUGUGUUCACUGUAAUCUGUAUGGACCUAGCAUAGUAGUUUUAUAUGACAAACUGGAGGUACAAAGAUUUUAAUACUUGAAAUUAUAUCUCUCUUUCCUGUUAGUGGCUAGAAUUCAGGCAGUACGAAGUGAUGCAUGUAGGUGAAUCAUUCCUGUUUAGUAGUAGACUUUUAUAAAAUGAGACAUUUUUUUUGCAACGUUCAUAUCAAAAUCUUCUUAGAUCCUAAAAAUAAGUAUUUAACUUGUUAUUUUGCCACUUCAGUAAACUAAGAAGGUAAUAAUUAUAAGCUGUUUGAGGUUAUGUCUUUUGGUAAAGAAGCAUUCAGAAAUAAAGUACAAAGGUUUAAAAAAAAGUUUACAUUUUCCUAGUACUAAUAUCUGUUGAUGUCUUUUUCUUCAUUUGACCUCAAAUCACUCUUGAAUAAUCUUUAAGUGACAGCUCGCACACAAAGAUUGAUAUGUCUGUUGUAAGUAUUUUUCUGAAGACUACUGAUUUUCAAUUGCCUCAGUGGUGUGGUCGGUAUGGUGUUGGCGUGCCACCUCCGUGGCCGCGAGUUCGAUUCUCGGGCAUUCCAUUGAGGUGUGAGAGAUUGUAUUUUUGGUGAUAGAAGUUCACUCUCGACGUGGUUCGGAAGUCACGUAAAGCCGUUGGUCCCGUUGCUGAAUAACCACUGGUUCCAUGCAAUGUAAAAACACCAUACAAACAAACAAGCAAACAAAACAUAAAGUACAUUCGAGAAACAAAUAAUGAGUUCCUCGUACAUGGUUUCUUUAAUUCGUAUAAUAGGCCCCAAGUUUUUUCUUGUAUCCAUCAGGCCUGGGCUAUUUGGUCGUUGCGUCUUUAUGAUUGGCUUUUCAGUUGAGAGAUAACGUCUGUACUGUAUUUCACAUUCACACUGAGCACUGUCAUUUUACCUUUACCUUGCAAUUUACAAAGUCUCGUAACGUCACUGUAAAUUCUACGAACUUAUUGUAACCAAGGGAACAAUCUAUGUAUAUACAUGUCUGUGUAAAUGUUUGUUUUUGUGCGUAGUAUAAGUAUAGGUUUUCGGCAGACAUAGAAACAUAAAGACAUGUUAGUGAUCCUCAUAGUCCACUCUUCUCGGUUUCGUGCAUUGUGUGGUUAGACAUUUCCUGAUUCGAAGCGUAAUAAUGACACUAAUCACAAGAGCACAUAUUCACACAGAAGUGGAGUUGCAUGCAUUCCACAUAUUUCUUGAAGAUGCCUCAGUGGUGUGAUCGGUAUGGUCUUGGCCUGCCACCUCGGUGGCCGCGGGUUCGAUUCUCGGGCAUUCCUCUGAGGGGAUUAGUGAUGCGUAUUUCUGGUGAUUGAAGUUUACUCUCGACGUGGUUCGGAAGUCACGUAAAGCCGUUGGUCCCGUUGUUGAAUGACCACUGGUUCCAAGCAACGUAAAAACAACAUACAAACAAACAAACAUAUUUCUUGAAGAUGCCUCGAGAAAACGACCCAGUGUGUAACAGUUCAUAUCCUUGUAACUAAACUGUAGUGAUAUCAAAACAGGAACAGUUUAUCGUAAACUUUUUCUUUUUCCUCUCAAGUUCUUUAUCAUUUGUUUCCAUUUCUUUUUGCCGAAAUAUUAUCACCGUCAGUAUUAGCCAGAAUAGAACCGUUCGUUUUCACCUUGGCUGAAAUUGUACCUUCCACAUGAUUUUCUUCCCGUUGUUGUGUGAAAUACGAAAUUAAACUUCCCAGCAACUGCUGGUUUUUUUUUAACUGUUAUGUUGCUCUAAUGUGAAUCAGCUUUGUGAUCUGUUAUUACAAGUUAGCUGUCAAAAUAAGGUUAUGAAAGAUGUCCAAGUCCGAUAUGGUCGUCAGUGGGAUCUCUUCUUUCUGUGUUUCCCUUUUCCUCUUAUCAUUAAGCGCCAUAUUGAGACGAAUCAUGAAUCGUCUUGAUUCUUCAUGAAUUGAAUCGAUUCGAUUCGCUUCGUGUCAACGCAGCCGUGACGUAUGAAUCACCUAAGCAGAGAAUCUCACUCUCUCUCUCAGGUUUAUCCAGUUAUAUGUUUUCUGUACAGCUUACAAGGUAUAAAACCCUCAGUUCAUGAAACUUGCAGUCACGGCCCGAUGGUGGCCUGUGUUGGUAGCACCUAUAGCGGUGCCAGACGCACGACCAUGAGUAACUUUAACCUUAAAUAAAAAUUUUAAAAACUACUAGGGCUAGAGGGCUGCAAUUUGGUAUGUUCGGUGAUCGGAGGGUGGAUGCUCAACAUACCAAUUUGCAGCCCUCUAGCCUCAGCAGGUUUUAAGAUAUGAGGGAGGACAGAACAAAUAGACAUCGCAAUAGUUUUCUUUUACAGUAAACUAACUAGUUGAAACGUAACUUUUUUUCUCUCUCUCUCUGUUUUUCUUUUUAACAGAAAACUUAC